CGAAAACUUGGCGGGAAAUUUCAUAAAUUUCAAAUAAAGUUCAAAACCCUAGUCUUCAGACCAGACCCCAUCCCCCACUUUCUCUCUCUUCCCCACAUUUUCUCUCUCUCUCUCUUGGAUUUUCGUUGCCAGCUUCGUUUCACGGCCAUUCUCUCUACGCUUUUUUGCUUAUGUUGUUUAUCGAUUUUGCUCCAAUUGAAGGUUAAUUAUCUGGCUCGAAAUUGACGAUUAGGUUAGGGUUUAUUGAAAGGGGAACGAGUAUGGGGAAGGUGUCUCCUAAAGAGAGGAGUCGGAAGCAGAAAAAACGAUUUAGGGGUUCGAGCAAGUAUUUGAAACCCGGAGCUCUUGCUCGGCUCCGGCACAACAAGGCGUCGGUUUCUAAGUCUUGUACUGAUCUUGGAAGAAAAAGAGUCGCUGUGUUUGAGACAGAGAAGACUGAGGGUGCUAUGUUGGUGGAAGAGAGAUUUGUUGAUAGAAGCCCUCUAAUGUUAUCACCGGUGAAUUUGGUUAAACAGAAUAGUUUUAUUGGUACGCCGAAGACUCCUCGAGUUGAGGACUGUGACUCGGAAUCGCGGCUUGAGUCUCUUCCCAUGGAAUUACUGGUCAAGGUACUUUGUCACCUGCAUCAUGACCAAUUGAGAGCUGUUUUUCAUGUGUCUCAGCGAGUUAGAAAAGCUGUUUUGCUUGCAAGGCAGUUCCAUUUUAAUUAUACAACCCCAGAUCGCUCUCGCCAGGAGAUGUUGAGUACUAUGACUCCCCUUCCUACUGAGCAUUGGCCAUUCUUGGGUAGGGGAGAUGGAAAGGGUAUGCUGUUACCUAGUCCACACACACCCAAAGCUCCAAGGCACGGACCCCGCCCCCCUUCUCGCCUCAAAGCCUCUGAGGUUCGUCAAGUUGCAGCAGUCCUUUUCCAGGAGUCGAGUCUGCCUGCAAGGUGCAUGGUGCCAUCAGUGUUAGGGAAGCCCCUGUGUAAAUCUUUGGCUUCGAAUAGGGUUCUAUUCUACGAGGACGAGUUAUGUCAAGCUGUUGCUCAGAAUAAACUUCGGUGAAGUGGUUGCUUCUUCUUGUUCAUUGUAUAUAUACAGUAGUAAGUAUUAUGAAACAGUUUUGUAGCUUUGCUGGGGAAUGCAAGCUUAGCUUUAGGUUAUAUGAAACUAGUUUUCAAUUAGGAGAUGAUAUGGUUGUGAGAAUAAGACCAGUUCCAAUCUGGUCAUUUUUGUAUAUUUGCUCUAUAUGUCAAAAUGAAUGACAGUCAUUUUAGUACUAUCUCGAGGCUGCUCCUAUGGCUUCUUUAGACAUUGGCUCAGUAGCUCUAGCUUUAUGACGUGGUACAGGCUAGUGUUGGUGAUGGAACUAUUAUCAUACAUACACUAUUUAAACUUUUUCCUUUAGUUGUCUUUGUUUAUAAAUAUGUAAUAUAUUUGUUUCUCUUAUUUCCCAGACUCUUAGAAACGCAUUUUGCGUAUCAAUGAUAAUUUAAAUUCUAAAUCUAUGUGAAGAAA